AUGAGACUAUUGAAAUAUCCCUUAGAUUUAAAGGAUCAAUCAGUGAAAGCUCUCGUCGCAAUCGGAUCCCAUCUCAUAAUUGUCAGUAACGUCGGUCACGUGCAUGUAUGGUCACAACAAUCAUUGGUUAACACUGCAUUUAAUAAGAUACCCAUUCGUGAUCUUCGUGAAUCACACUCAUUCCAAAUUGAUUCGUUUAAUCCCAAGUUGGAUAGGAAUGUAUUCGCUGUAGAGGGUACAAAUGAUCUUUUGAUCCUGGCUACCGAGAACAGAAUAUUAAUAUCUCGUAAUUGGCUGAUACGAGACAAGAAUAAGAAAUUCGAGUGCGUGUUUCAAUGUCAUAUGGGGAGCGAUAAUGUAAUUACUGAUAUGAAAAUUGAUCAGUUGAAUAAGAUUGUAUUGGUAUCCAUGGUGAGUCCCGACCAGAUCCUACUAUUUAAUCUGGAAACAUUGAAAUUAAUUAAUGUCAUCGAUCAAGAAUUUAAACCAUCCUUGAAUAGGCGACCCAUCACUUUAAUAAUAGAUCCUUGUGGAACUAGAUUCACUGUAUUAUGUUCAGAUAGAUCAAUGUUAGUAUAUCAGAUUAAUGAAUCGGGUAAUUUCAAACUCUUAAAUACAUUUCCACAAUACGUUCAAGUGCAUCCACUACAUUACAAGAUAACAAUGCCACCACAGGGGGACACCUUACCAUUGAUUAAUUCAAUUAAGGGAUCCACUUCAAAAGAUAUUACCACAACUGUUCUAUUAGACGCCAAUGACAACUAUAAGAUUAAAUCCACAAUUGUAUCACCUUCUUCAUCAAAUACUAAAGUCUUAAAAUACUCUCCAACAAUCUAUGAAAAGACUAAUCAAAAGAAAGGCACCAAAGUGUCAUAUAAUUUAUUAGCUACGUCAGGAACCGAAGAUGGUACCAUUCUUAUGUGGAAUACAAAACGUAUGAAACCAUUAUUUAAUGCAAUGUCCACAUCAAGUAUGCCUAUAAAUGAUAUUGUUUGGUCACAGGAUGGACUCACUUUAUUUGCCAUAUCUGAUGAUUCAGUUCUUUACACUUUUGCAUUUCAAGAUAAUGAUUUAGGUGAUCAAUUAUCAAUAGAACAAGUAACAUUAUUAAGGGACCAGAAUAAAAAAUUACCUAUAUUAUCAAAUUUGAAUUUAGAUAAAAAAGUCCUACAAUCAAAACUAGAUGCAUGUCUUAACAAAUCUGACGAAAAGACUAUAACAAAAAUCCAAAAAGAGGAAGGCACAAAGAAGCCAUCUUCCAAGAGGCGAACCAGUUUAAAGCAAAAUUUACCGGCUCAAUCUCAGGACUCAAUGGUGAAAAUAACUCAAAGUACAAAUAUGGAAUUUAAUCCACCUUCAUAUAAUGUUCCAAAAGAUUUGAAAAGAAAAAAGCCUAAAGUUAAAGAAUCCUCAACACCUCUCAAUGGUGAACAGAAUCCUAGCCCAACUAAGAAGCUUAAACGUGAUUUGGAACCAAUCUCAUUCUUAGAUACGGGUUUACUAUUGCCUAAUGUAUCUUUCUCCAGGAUGAGAUUGGCAACACCAAAAAUUAGAUUGCAAUUCACAUAUACUCCAUUUUCAGAUCCUAAUUUAUACAUGACAAUUAAGAAUGGGUCUGGUAGCGAACAAACACCCUCUAUAGUAUCAUUAUAUCAAAAACCGUUACAAAUAAGGCAAAAGGAUACGCAACCAAAAUUAAUCUUUCAAGAUUUUAUCCCAAAAUAUGUUUGUCAAUGUAUUGCAGGAGAGUCAUUCUGGUGUUGUUGUACCUCUGAUGGAACUUUGUAUACAUAUACUGAUUCAGGGAGGAGAUUAUUACCACCAAUGACGUUAGGAGUACCAAUUACAUUUUUACAGGCUUGCAAACAAUAUUUGUUAUGUGUGACGUCACUUGGUGAAUUAUAUUGUUGGGAUUUAAGCAUGAAAAAAUUGUUGUUCCCCAUGACUACUGUUUAUCCAUUAUUGAAACCAUCCAUCCGUUAUUCAGACGAUGUGUUAACACGUGUUGAGAAUAUUACAAUGUGUACGGUAACAUCAAAAGGGGUUCCCUUAGCGACUUUAAGUAAUGGAGAUGGUUACAUCUUUGACAAAGAUAUGGAAUCUUGGUUACUUGUAAGUGACGGAUGGUGGGCAUAUGGUUCUCAAUAUUGGGAUAGCCUGAAUAAUGAUUAUAAAAAUGAUUCUAACACAUUGGAAGAAUUAAAGAACGCAGAAAACAAGAAGAGCUUAAUAAAUAUGAUGGAAAGGAAAACUAAUGAAGAAUUAGACAGAAAGGGUCGUAUUAAACAUUUACAAAGGUUUGCCAAAACAUUGUUGAUGAAGGAGGGGUUUGAAAAUAUGGAGGAAAUUGUGACCCUAUCGCAUCUGGAAAAUAGAAUACUUGUUUCACUGAAAUUGGAGGAAUUUAAUGAAUUCAAAGAUUUAAUAAUUGCAUACUCUUCUAGGUUAGGUGAACUAGGUUACAUUGAAAGGUUGAAUGAUAUGUUACAAUGGAUCUAUAAUGACGGGAAAAUGGGAAAAUCAGAUUUGUUAUUAGGCCAGUCCAGGGAACUUAUAUUGAAGGACAUUUUAAUUGCAUGUGCAGAUAUGAGGCAUGUUCAAAGGGUUACAAAAGCAUACGCAUCUGCAAUUGGAAUGUUAGCGAGCUCCAUCCCGUAG